CCGCCUCAGUCAGUCGGUCGGUCGGUCGGUCUCCCCAGCAAUGGCGGAAGGAGGUGAGCGAGAGGAGCUGCUCUCGCCGCCGCCGAUCUCUCCAGCCAAGCGGCUGUGCUCCUGGCCCAGCCCGCAAGCUCACCACCCCCGCGGGACUCCCGGGGCAGCCGGCGGAGGGGCGGGGGGCGGCGGCGGCGGCUGCCUGGCCCCCGGGGCCCGCCCCCACCUGCAGCCCGAGUCCUUGCUGGACUGCGCCGCCAAGACGGUGGCGGAAAAGUGGGCGUACGAGCGAGUGGAGGAGCGCUUCGAGCGGAUCCCGGAGCCGGUGCAGCGCCGCAUCGUCUACUGGUCCUUCCCGCGGAAUGAGCGGGAGAUCUGCAUGUACUCCAGCUUCCAGUACCGGGGCGGCCCGGGCGCCGGCGCGGCUGCCGGCGCGGCGGGGUCUUCGCCGGUCGAGGAGGGGCCGCCGCCGCCACCUCCCGGGGCCGCCAGUCCGGCCGGCUCCGCCCCCGGGGCCGCCGGGGCGGGCGCGUCCCCCGGGCUGGGCACUGGGGCUAGCGCGGCGGGCGGCGGCGGCGGCGGCGGCGGCGGCGGGGAAGGGCUGCCGUUCCGCCGGGGCAUCCGUCUGCUGGACAGCGGCUCCGUGGAGAACGUGCUGCAAGUCGGCUUCCAUCUGAGCGGCACAGUAACUGAACCCGCCACCCCUUCUGAAGCAGCAGUGACUUAUAAAGUUGCAAUCAGUUUUGAUCGAUGCAAAAUCACAUCUGUGACCUGUGGCUGUGGGAAUAAGGACAUAUUCUACUGUGCUCAUGUGGUAGCACUCUCACUCUACAGGAUCCGGAAACCAGACCAAGUCAAACUUCGUCUUCCUAUCUCAGAAACCCUUUUCCAGAUGAAUAGGGACCAGCUACAGAAGUUUAUCCAGUAUUUAAUCACAGCACACCACACCGAAGUUCUUCCUACUGCACAAAAACUGGCAGAUGAGAUUCUAUCCUCCAACUCGGAAAUCAACCAAGUGAAUGGCGCCCCUGACCCCACAGCGGGGGCCAGCAUCGAUGAUGAGAACUGUUGGCACUUGGAUGAAGACCAGGUGAAAGAACAAGUGAAGCUCUUUCUCUCUCAGGGAGGUUACUAUGGCUCUGGAAAGCAGCUCAAUUCAAUGUUUGCCAAGGUUCGGGAGAUGCUUCGGAUGAGGGAUUCCAAUGGAGCCAGGAUGCUGACACUUAUAACUGAGCAAUUCAUGGCUGAUCCACGCCUCACACUCUGGAGGCAGCAAGGAACAAGCAUGACAGACAAGUGCAGGCAGCUCUGGGAUGAGCUGGGUGCUUUAUGGGUAUGCAUAAUUUUAAAUCCACACUGCAAACUGGAAGAAAAAUCCUGUUGGCUACAGCAACUGCAGAAGUGGAAUGACCUGGAUAUCUGUCCCCUGGAGGAUGGAAACUAUGGACACGAACUGCCCAACAUUACCAAUGCACUUUCCCAGAGUGCUGGCCAUAGCCCAGAUUCUUUAUCCAGACCAAGAAGAACAGUCUUCACUAGAGCCAUUGAAGGCCGUGAGUUGCACUGGCAGGACAGCCACCUACAGAGAAUAAUCAGCAGUGACAUCUAUACAGCUCCUGCCUGCCAGCGGGAAAACGAGCGACUACUCUUCAAUUCCCAUGGCCAGCCACUGUGGCUCGAGCAUGUGCCCACAGCCUGUGCCCGGGUGGAUGCGCUGCGAUCUCACGGGUACCCAAAGGAGGCCCUCAGACUCUCGGUGGCCAUCAUCAAUACGCUGAGGUUGCAGCAGCAGCGGCAGCUAGAGAUCUACAAACAUCAGAAGAAAGAGCUGCUGCAGAGAGGAACCACAACUAUCACAGACCUGGAGGGCUGGGUGGGCCACCCCCUGGACCCCAUCGGCUGCCUCUUCCUCACUUUGACAGAGGCCUGCCGCCUGAGUGAUGACAGCUACAUGGAAAUGUCAGAUAUAAAUGACGGCAGACUCCCUGUGUACCAGCACGUGCCUGUGGCUUCAGGCUGCCCCGGCAGCAAUGAGUCGUACCUGUCACUGGCCCUGGAAGUUGCUCUGAUGGGCAUGGGUCAGCAGAGGGUAAUGCCUGAAGGCCUCUAUGCCCAGGACAAGGUGUGUCGUAACGAGGAGCAACUCCUAAGCCAGCUCCAGGAACUGCAGCUGGACGACGAGCUGGUACAGACACUGCGGAAACAGUGCGUCCUACUGCUGGAAGGAGGCCCCUUCAGCGGUCUAGGAGAAGUUAUCCACCGGGAGAGUGUUCCUAUGCACACCUUUGCAAAGUAUUUGUUCUCGGCUCUGCUGCCUCAUGAUCCAGACCUGUCCUAUAAGUUAGCCUUACGUGCCAUGAGGUUACCUGUUCUCGAAAACUCAUCUUCUGCAGGCGACACUCCCCACCCUCACCACAUGGUGUCUCUGGUGCCCAGUCGCUAUCCUCGCUGGUUCACUCUUGGACACUUGGAAUCACAGCAGUGUGAACUGGCCUCCACCAUGCUGACUGCUGCCAAAGGGGAUACGCUGAGGCUACGGACUAUUCUGGAAGCAAUACAGAAGCAUAUCCAUUCUUCCUCCCUCAUCUUCAAACUGGCUCAAGAUGCAUUCAAGAUUGCUACUCCCGCGGACAGCAGUACAGACAGCACUCUGCUCAGUGUGGCCCUAGAGCUGGGUUUACAGGUAAUGCGGAUGACCUUAUCAACCCUUAACUGGCGGCGCCGGGAGAUGGUUCGAUGGUUGGUUACUUGUGCUACAGAAGUCGGUGUGCGGGCCCUGGUGAGCAUCUUGCAGAGCUGGUACACACUCUUCACCCCUACCGAGGCUACGAGUAUUGUGGCUGCCACAGCCGUAUCCCACACCACUAUCCUGCGCCUCAGCCUUGACUACCCACAGCGGGAGGAACUGGCUAGCUGUGCUCGCACACUGGCCCUGCAGUGUGCUAUGAAGGAUCCACAGAGCUGUGCCUUAUCAGCUCUUACACUCUGUGAGAAAGACCACAUUGCAUUUGAGGCAGCCUACCAGAUCGCCAUCGACGCUGCCGCUGGUGGCAUGACUCAUUCACAGCUGUUCACUAUUGCCCGCUACAUGGAGCUCCGUGGCUACCCGCUCCGUGCCUUCAAGCUGGCCUCGCUGGCCAUGAGCCAUCUUAACCUGGCCUACAACCAGGACACCCAUCCAGCCAUCAAUGAUGUGCUCUGGGCUUGUGCUCUCAGCCACUCUCUGGGCAAGAACGAACUGGCAGCUCUCAUCCCCCUGGUGGUGAAGAGUGUUCACUGUGCCACUGUGCUUUCCGAUAUCCUGCGUCGGUGCACAGUGACAGCACCAGGCCUGGCAGGCAUCCCAGGCCGCCGCAGCUCCGGAAAGCUCAUGUCGACGGACAAAGCUCCUCUGCGCCAGCUACUGGAUGCCACCAUCAAUGCCUACAUCAACACCACACACUCCCGCCUGACACACAUCAGCCCCCGCCACUACGGAGAGUUCAUUGAGUUUCUGAGCAAGGCUCGGGAGACCUUCCUACUGCCCCAGGAUGGUCACUUACAAUUUGCCCAAUUCAUUGACAACCUCAAACAGAUUUACAAAGGCAAGAAGAAGCUGAUGCUGCUGGUGCGGGAGCGCUUUGGCUGAGAAGGUGGAUAGCUUGCUGCCAGGGCAGCCUGGGCUCCCAGGUCAGGACAAAGACUCUGAAACAUCUGUCUGCCCUGAGAGAACUCUGAUCACUUGUGGCUGAGCCAAAAGUACCACAGACCUAAGGACGGGGAGAGUCCGACUCUAAAGCAUUCCUGCUUUGGCAAGCUUCUCACUCCAGCUCUCCUGUUCCCGGAGGAGCUGGGCCCUGCAGACCGAUCAGAAGCCCCCCACAACAUGUCACCUCACGCCCCUCUAUCCUGCGUGUCCUGGCCAUUGGCCCCUCUCCCUUGGCAAACACAGAACACUUCCGUCUCAGGGAUUGCUUAACCAGAGAAACAGAAGCAUCUAUGGUACUGUAAAUACUAUAGUAUAUGUGUUGUCGAGCAUUGUAAAGCUGUAACUAUUUAUAAUUCUGACUCUGACUUGAUGGGCACUCACAGGAGCUGUGGGCGGGAGGAUAGGCUUGCUUUCUGAGGAGACUCACAACCAUUUCUCAGGUUUCCCCGUAUAGAGUACGUGCUGUUGGCAUUGGAUAAGUGGGGGCGGCAGGGAGAAAAAUGGACAGUUAAAAAAAAAUCCAAGUCUUGUCUGUGCAGAAACUGUGGUCUGCAGAUAGGACCACUAGCCUAGUGGCCAUCGAGGGGCGAGGUCAAGACUGGCUUAGACAUUUGUCUCAGAAAGUUACGAACACUGAAGUGGCUGCCUCUGCCUCACAUGCCCCAGUAGCCUGCUGAGCAUCUGAACAGCAAGUGCAGGGAGAAGACGAAGGCCUGGGAAGCCACUGAGCUUAUAGAUACAUCUGCUCUGGUCACCUUCACGUUAGAGAAUCUGCUUUCAUCUCCACUUUGUAUGUGUGUAUGUCUGUAUGAA